CAUUCUCUUUUCACACAGUCUCUCUCACUCUCUCUCUCUCUCACUCCUUUCUCUCUCUCUCUCUCUCUCUCUCUCCUAUUGCGGCUAGGGUUUUUCCCCAUUUCUCUCUCUCUCAAACCCUUCUCUCUGAUCUGUUUCUACGUUUCGAUAAUGGAAACGUUGUUAGCUUGAUUGAUUGUGGAGGUUUUGUGUUGAGGAACCGGGGUUUUUUGGCUUGCUUUUGCUGUUGUUGUUGUUUUCUCGAAAGAUGGCGACCAUGAACCCUUUUGAUUUGUUGGGUGAUGACGCUGAGGAUCCUUCUCAGCUCAUCGCUGCCGAACAGCUCAAGGCUGCGGCCGCGGCGGCGACUGCUCCUCCCAAGAAAGCGGCGGGGGCUCAGGACCAGGGCAAGCAGGCCAAACCGGCUCAGUUGCCUUCCAAGCCACUUCCUCCUGCUCAGGCUGUGAGGGAUGCCAGAAAUGAACCAUCACGAGGAGGCCGUGGAGGUGCAAGAGGUGCUGGUCGUGGAUUUGGACGUGGUCGUGGUUUCAAUCGUGACUUCUCCAAUGAUGAGAACUCAUUCCCUGCCUCUGGAGCCCCUGAUAAUCUGGGUCCUUUUGAAGGUGAUUCUGAGAAGGCUUCAGAAAGGCGUGGUUAUGGUGCACCACGAGGUCCUUAUCGUGGUGGUGGUGGUGGUCGACGUGGAGGCUUCAGCAAUGGUGAAGCUGAUGAAGAAGGACGACCUCGAAGAGCAUUUGAACGCCACAGUGGAACUGGCCGAGGAAGUGGAUUCAAACGUGAAGGCGCUGGACGUGGUAACUGGGGAACACAAAGUGAUGAAAUUGCUCAGGUGACUGAUGAAGUGGCGAAUGAAACUGAAAAAAAUUUGAGCGAUGAGAAGCCUGCUGUUGAAGAUGUUGCUGAUGGAAACAAGGAGAGUUCUGCCAAUGAAAAUGAAGAAAAAGAGCCUGAGGAUAAGGAGAUGACUCUGGAGGAAUAUGAAAAGGUGCUGGAAGAAAAAAGGAAGGCCUUGCAAGCUCAAAAGACUGAAGGGAGAAAGGUAGACAUAAAAGAGUUCGAGUCCAUGCAACCCUUAUCCUGCAAGAAAGACAAUAAUGACAUCUUCGCUAAAUUGGGAUCUGAUAAGGAUAAACGCAAAGAGGCUUUUGAGAAGGAAGAGAAGGCCAAGAAGUCUGUGAGCAUCAAUGAGUUUCUGAAGCCUGCUGAAGGGGAAACCUACUAUCCCAGUGGACGCGGAAGGGGUCGUGGCCGUGGCUCACGAGGAGGAGGAGGAGGAAGUUUCCGUGGAAAUGCUACCAGCAAUGCACCUGCUCCAUCCAUUGAAGAUCCUGGGCAUUUCCCAACCUUAGGUGGCAAGUGAGAUUUUCAAGGACCCUUCUGACAUUUCCCUGUCCUAUUCAGUUUUGGGUUCUGUGAUUUGAACUUUCAUAAAAAAAACUAUGGUAAUUGGAUUUUCUGAAUUAGAAUGGUCUUUUAAUUUUAUGUCUUAAAAUGUAAAUUUAGGUUCGUCAUACGGUCCUUUAUCCCUUGUAACCUUUUCCCCAGAUGCUUUUGCUUUUAUUGCUUUUGACAUUGUUGGGGGUAAUUGGUGGCGGGUAAGACAAAUCUUGUUGAGUUUCCUUUUAUUCAUAGAUUGACAUCUCAGUUUUGCUUAAAA